UAAAAAUACAACAAUAAUUGUUCCCACAAGCGGUCGGUCGUCUUCUAAAAUCGAAAGCCUAGAAGAAAAGUCUGUAAAUUUUUAAACUAAUUUCAUCAUUUCUAUAAUAAUAAAACUAAAAAAAUACACAAAAUUCAUGUUAAAUAGCGGGCUAGAGAGUGAUUUUCCCAUAAAUUUGUUAAAAAAUGGAGCAACAGCAGCAAAUAAUCGAACGUUUACAACGCAUAUUUGAAACUUUUCUUCAACAAGAUUUCGCCACCACCAGCAAUGUUUACUUUGAAAAGCUUAUAACACAUUUAGCGGAUAAAGAAAAUCUAUAUGUUUUACAAGCGCCCUUUGCCAUGGACUGGGUCGACAAGUGUAUCACGCUGCUGAAUGAGGAUUUUACAAAAGUUAAUCCAAAAGUCACAUCAUUUAUGUUGAAUUUCUGUAGUCUUUUGAUGCAAAAUGAAUGGAUUUUGAUAACAUUAAAAGAACGAAAUAUCAUGGAUCGCGCCCUUGUCAUUAUCGAUGGCAAUCGACAUCGCUUUAGUCCCUCCAUUAAACUCGGCUUUAUACGGCUUUUAGCCGCCGUCUCACGUUACAGUUUGGGCUUGGCCUACAUACGCCUCAAACAAUGCUGGCAUUUUCUGAUCGAACUUUGCAAUCGCGAUCACACCAUGUAUGUGGUUAGGGAGGCACGCCAGCUACUCUACGAACUGUUGUAUAAAUUCUCUGUCAAAGCUAAAGAUGAGAAAAUCGUACUGGAAAUGCUUAGCGAAAUUAUAGAACCCAUCAAGGAAAAUGUCUAUAAAGAGGAAAAUGAUAAAAUAAUGAUCAAUGUGGAUGACAGUGAAUUGCAGCAUAGAUUAUCCUCCAGUCUGGAUCUGUUGUCGUAUAUAUUCGAACAAACAUUGGAGUCGGAGGAGAAGACAAAUAUAACCCAUUUGUGCCGCAACUAUCACAAUUUAGAGUUGACCAUAUGGAAAUUAAUUGAAAUGACCCAGAAUCGUUUCUUUUUGUAUAAAAUUCUACACACCUUGGCCAGUUUCAAUUAUGCCGUAUUGGUGCAGGACCAAUGGGACAAAGGCCAAAUAGCUCCCGAGAAAUUUACCCGCUUUGGUUUGAAUUUCUUUAAUAGCAUGAAAUUUUGUGUGCAACGUUCGGAAAUAUUGAAUCUUAUCAAAUUGGCCGAACUAAAUCACAUGCUGUGGAAGAAAUUGGGUACAAGGGCACCGCCCGAAAUAUUGAUUGAAACGGAAUUGGUGAAAUUUGAAAAUCAAUUGAUUACAUUUCAUUUACUGCCCGUAUUGGUUAUAUUACGCAGUCGUGAGCGUGAGGAGGAAUUGUUUGAUAAUUAUCUAAUGAAAAUAUUUGAGGUAUCGUGUGAGCACACCCUGCGCAUCUGCUAUUCAUUUCGUGAUAUUAUUUUGCCCUCGGAGGGCACCUCAUUGGCGGCCAUAGCAGAUUUGGCCUACAAAUCCAUACAUGGCAUAUUGUCCAUGCAAAAUAUAUUGGAACGUGAGCAGGCUGUGUUGGUUUUUCAGGCGAUUAUUUAUGCUUUGAAAGAGUUUAUUGCCAAUACGAAUACCUUGGAGAAGGGCAAUGGUUGUAUGGAAGGCCGUGUGGUGCCUAUAUGGUGUAAAAUUUGGAUGGGUGCUGAAUUUAUAGUGGCCAUUCCAAAUGUUUUAUAUGCCUGCCUUAUUGGUUUGCAGACUCUAAUCAAACGUUAUCGUAUAUCGUGGAAGGAAAGCAUAGAGAGCACUUGUGUGGUGAAUACGGUGGCGGUUAUUUUGGAGAAUCCCAAUCUGACCGAAGGGUUGGCUGUACAAGCUUUAAAGUUGGUGCAGCUCUCCAUAGAACAUUUUCUUUCGCCCAAUAUGGCUCUAUUGGUGGACAAUUUGCAAGGUUCGGGUUUGGUUUGUUUGGGCCCAAUAAUUGUGAAACGUUUUCAUGACAUUGCCUGGGAGGUACGAGAUAGUACCCUAGAAUUAACCACCUCCAUAGCGAAUAUAUCAAGAGUUAAAUUUCCCGCUUUUCAACAAUUUUUGCAUGACUAUAAAAUGUGUCCCAUUGUCAUGCAAAUGGCCAAAAAUGAUCAAGAACCUUAUGUAAGAGCCUCUGCCUUAAAGUGUCUAUCCAAAAUGGUGAUGAUUAACAUAAUAUGGGACAAUGAUUUAAAUAAUCAAGACUUAAUAGAUCAUUUAUUCUUUGUCCUGUUCAAUGAAAGCGAGGGCAUAGUGCGCAAAGAGGCCAUGAAAACAUUGGCUACCAUAUACGAACAACGCCGAAUACCCACACGUUAUGUGGAUAUACUUUAUUCCACUUUGGCUCAUUGUGUUGUAUCCGAUCUACAUUGGGAGGUUAAAUUGGAAGCUUUGCAUUUUUGGGAAUUGGAAUUUAAGAAACAAUUUACCAAUCAAGGCAUGAUUGAUGGCACAUUUCCCACGGUGACAUUCUCCAAAGAAUACAAAAAGAUUGUUACACUGACGGAAAAGGAAAUCAAUUUGAGGAUAUUAAAGGUUUUCAAAGAACUAUCACAGCGUGGCUGUUUGGGUGUUAUAUUGAAAUGUUUGCAGGAGGAAUGUGAUGUGGAAGUAAUAAAGACGGCUGUGUGUAUGGUUCAUUGUUUGUUGGAGAAAUUGAAAAAGUAUAAUUUUGAAUCUUUAGUAGAGAAUAUGGAUAAAAAUUCUUCACCCAGCAGUAGUAAUAGCAGUGGUAGUACAGCGCCCAGUACACCACUCUCAAGUCCCUCCUCACCCCUGGUGGAUAAAGCCGAGGACUUGAGUAAUAUUUUAAUAUUUAAUAAAACAGAACUUCCCCCCUCCCCGGUUAACAUUAAUGCUAAUAAUGCUCCUCUUACAGUGGCUGAGCAUGCCCAGUCAGAUGAAGUUAUUGAAUCUAUAUUAGCUUCGCAAGAUAUUAAUCUAUUGGUGGCCUCCUAUGAAUCACAAAUGCAAUUAAAUAAUGGCAACAAUAACACAUCCGACACCACCACCGCCACCACUACUGCUAACACAAUACCAACCAGCGCUCAAUUAAAACCCAGCAUUGAUGCUGACUUGUAUAAGGCCUAUACAGCGGUGGGCGUUAAGGAAUUUAUGCAGACUAUUAAGAGUAUAGACUUGGAGCAGUUGUUGAAGAAUCACAAUGAUUGGUUUUUAGGUUCGGAAAGUUUUAUUUCACUUUUGGAUGACAUCAUCUUUUCGAUGAAACAAGAAGAUGAAUCUUUAUUUGCGGAUUGUUAUUAGGCAUACAAAUUUAGCUAUACACACAUAAUUGUUUUUGUUUCUUUUAAUUUUUUUAACACAAUUUUUUUUUUAAUAAAUAUUGUAAUAUAAUUUUACAUAAAAUUAAGUAAAUAAAAAAAAGUAACAUUACUUGUGAAUUAAUUUUUCAUUUAA